AUGACUAUCAAGUUUGGGCCCUUUGAGGUCACAAAGCAGGUCUUUCUGACAACGCCGCACUCCUACGGUCUUGUCAAUCUCAAGCCUCUCCUCCCAGGCCACGUCCUCAUCUGUCCACUCAAACCGCACAAGCGCCUCCUGGAUCUUUCCCCCGCCGAAACAACAGAUCUCUUCGCCACGGUCCAGCAGGUCCAGAAGCUCCUCGCCCGGCUCUACUUCCCAGAUCCCUCAGACCUCAUGUCGGGCAGCUUCACCGUCGCGCUGCAGGAUGGCGCCGAGGCCGGACAAACCAUUCCCCACGUGCACGUCCAUGUGAUUCCUCGUAAGAAGGGCGACAUGGGAGAGGCCAUGGAUGAGAUCUAUGUGCACCUGUCCAGCGAGGAGGCCAACGUGGGAGGAGCUCUGUGGGACCAGCAGAGGCCUCGACCGGCUGGAAAGAUGCCGAGGAUUGAGGACGCGGAGCGCAAUGCGCGGACAAUGGAGCAAAUGAUUGAGGAAGCGGAGAGGUUCAAGACCGUGCUGGGGGAGAUGGGCAUUGGGAAUUCUGCCAGGGGAAGUGAGCGGCUGUAA